UCUGAACCCUCGCUAGCUUUCCGUUGAAUCUACUUGGAACCCUUUUCUUCUCCAACGUCUCCAAAAACCCUCAUUUCGCUUCUUCUCCCUCAAUUUCAGGGAUUCUUCCGUCAAAUUCCACAGAAAGAAUCCUCGAAAACCUCUUCUUCUUCCAAAAUUCUACCUUCCCCCCUUUCUCUCUCCGAAUCCUAUUUUCUAUUUCUUCCUUUUCUACUCCUGACCAAAACCCUAAUCCCCUGCCUCGCCUCCAAUGGAGCUCUCAAACCAAAUCUCCUCUGUCGAAAAACCAUCACAAUCGAAUGAUGAUGAUGAUCCAGAAGCCGACCCGGAUUCCUCGAACAAAGUUCCCGGCGCUGACUCUGUCGCCGAUGUCUCGGAUCGAAGCCUGGAGAUUUCUCUCUUCGACGGCCAGGAUGAUUCCGCUGAGAGCCUGUACGUGUACAAGAACGUCUUCAGCCUUCUACCGAGAUCGGUCGGCGGGUUCCGGGGGCUGAAGACGCUGAAAUUCUUUGCGAAUGAGAUUGAGGUCUUCCCGUCGGAGGUGGGGGAUUGGGUCGAGCUCGAGUGCUUGCAGGUGAAGGUGGCGUCACCUGCGCUGUCGGGCCUGGCGCUUCGGAAGAUGGCCGCUUUGAAGGAGCUGGAGCUCUGUCAUGUCCCGCCACGCCCUUCGGCCUUCUCGAUACUGAGUGAUAUUGCGGUGUUGAAGUCCUUGACGAAACUCUCCAUCUGCCAUUUCUCAAUCAGAUACCUUCCUCCUGAGAUCGGAUGCCUCAAGAAGCUGGAGGAUCUUGAUCUUUCAUUCAAUAAGCUAAAGAACUUGCCUGAUGACAUUGCCGCAUUGACUGCCUUGAAAUCAUUAAGAGUUGCUAAUAAUAAAUUGGUGGAAUUGCCUUUGGGUCUCUCCUGUCUGCAAAGGCUGAAAAAUUUGGACUUGUCAAACAAUAGGCUGACGUCGUUGGGCUCUCUGAGCCUUGAUUCUAUGCAUACCCUUCAGAAUUUGAAUCUUCAGUACAAUAAGCUUCUACAUUGCUGUCAAAUUCCUUCGUGGAUAUGCUGCAAUUUGGAAGGAAAUGGAAAAGACACUGCAAAUGACGAAUUCAUAAGUUCUUUAGUUGAGGUGGAUGUCGUCGAUGCUGCCAUUGAUGAGGUUGACGCAAGUCGUUCCUGUAGUGGUUGUCGUAGUACCUCUUCACCUUUAUUAUCUGAAUCCUCAUCAAGCUCCAGAAGUUCUGCAGCUCGGAGGAUGAAAAAGGGGUGGAAGCGUCGUGAUUAUCUGCAACAAAAAGCUCGCCAGGAGCGUUUGAAUACCAGUAGGAAGUGGAGAAGUGAAGAUCGUUGUGAGGCAAUGACCAGGAAGAAGGCUGCAAACGGUAACCCUUGCAAAGAACCCCUUGUGGAAAGCAGAGCCUCUGAAUCGCAGUACCAUAUAAAUGAAGAAAAGCAGUCAUGUUGUCGGUUGGAAUCAAGUCCUCUUGCAGAGGAUGAAUUGGGCAUUGUAAGAGAUCUUAAUGGCGAUGAGUGUGAACUUGCUGUUGAACAUGAUUCUCAGAUUUUGCUUGGUCAUGACGAGGAUAAUGACAGAAAUGUUUCAGAUAAGGGGUAUUAUGGGGAUGAUUGCUCAUGCAUUGUUGACUCUGUUUGCGUAAAUAAAGAGCAUGAAUAUGACUGCAAUGACGAGCAUAAUGCCUCCUCAGCCCGCCCCUUGAAGAAAAAUGAUGAGCAGGAUGGGGAGUCUUCUUCAGAGGUGCCUAAAAAUAUGCCAAAAUCCAAAAGGCAUUCUGAUAGGGAUCUUGAUAGUCCUAAACCCAGAAAGUUUCGGAGACCUGUGGAUGAAUGCUUGAAUUUUUCUUGCAAGUAUAGCACUGAAUCAUUUUGUAGCAGCAAUGACCAUAUGCCAGAUGGCUUUUAUGAUGCGGGACGUGAUCGACCAUUUAUGCCAUUGCGUAGUUAUGACCAGAGUCCAUGUCCGGGUUCCCGUGAAGUAAUUCUUGUGGACAGAGAAACUGAUGAGGAAUUAGAUGCAAUUGCAUUAACUGCACAAGUGUUGGCGUCAAGUUUGAAACUAUCAAGGAGUUCAUUGGAAGAAAAGGAACAAUUUUCUGUUGACUUGCGGAGGGCGUCGGUGCUUGCACUCUUCGUUUCUAAUUGUUUCGGAGGCUGUGACAGGAGUAACAGUACUGCGAUGAUGAGGAAAGCUGUUGCUGGCUCAAAUUAUCAGAAGCCUUUCAUUUGUACAUGCUCCACUGGAAACAGUUACAAUGACAAAGCAACCUCUAACCAGAUUGAUGGACCUGUUGAAAGUUUUAGUUUCAUUGAUCUAUGUGAGAAAUCUCUGCGAUUUGUUAAGCAAAUGAGGAAUUCUAAUGUUGUGCCUAUAGGAUCUGUGCGCUUUGGUGUGUGUAGACAUAGAGCAGUGCUUAUGAAGUAUCUAUGCGACAGGGCAGAUCCUCCGAUUCCCUGUGAGCUUGUGAGGGGCUAUCUAGACUUCAUGCCACAUGCUUGGAAUGUCAUUCUUAUUAGGAAAGGGGAAUCAUUGGUGCGCUUGGUUGUUGAUGCUUGCCAUCCAACUGACAUAAGAGAAGAGACGGAUGUUGAAUAUUUUUGCAGGUAUAUCCCACUGACUCGGGUUCAGGUUCCUGUUUCAACUGAAAACAUUGCCACCUCGGAAUACACUUUUCCUUCUGUGUCUCCAGGCAUUGAAGCUGAGGAAGCAGCAUCAGGCUCUGUCAUUCAGUGCAAGUUUGGUACAAAAGUAGUUGCUGCAAAGUUGCGUACUCUAGAAGCAUAUGAGGCUUCAGAGCAGGAAAUGAAGAAGUUUGAAUACAGUUGUCUAGGGGAAGUAAGAAUUUUAAACGUUUUGAGGAAUCACGAUUGCAUUGUUGAAAUUUAUGGACACCGGCUGUCUUCUAAGUGGAUUCCUCAAGCAGAUGGAAAUAAAGGACAUCGACUACUGCAGUCCACAAUUAUGAUGGAGUACAUAGGAGGGGGUUCUUUAAAGAAUCACAUCAAAAGAUUAUCAGAAGGGGGGGAGAAGCAUGUCCCAAUUAAUACGGCAUUAUUUAUCGCUAGGGACAUUGCCUCUGCAUUGGCAGAAGUUCACUCAAAGCACAUCAUUCAUCGAGAUGUUAAAAGCGAGAACAUAUUGAUUGAUUUAGAUAACAAAAGAAUCAAUGAUGCUCCUAUUGUCAAGCUCUGUGAUUUUGAUAGUGCUGUUCCUCUCCAAGCCUCUCUCCAUACAUGCUGUAUUGCUCAUCUUGGCAUACCUCCACCUGACGUUUGUGUUGGAACACCUCGCUGGAUGGCACCAGAGGUGUUGCAGGCAAUGCAUACACGGAAUCGAUAUGGGCUGGAAGUGGAUAUUUGGUCAUAUGGGUGUGUGCUAUUGGAAAUGUUAACACUGCAAGUCCCUUAUGCGGGUUUAUUAGAUUCCAAAAUCCAUCACCUCCUACAGUCAAAUCAGCGGCCACAACUAACAAACGAGCUGGAGGCGCUGGAUUCAUCGGAUGAGUCCACAAUGACCGGAUCGGAUUCAGCAUCAGCAGCACCAUCUGAAGCUGAAGCCCAGAAAUUCUUGAUUGAUUUAUUCCGUGAGUGUACCAAGGGAAAUCCAGCCGAUCGUCCAACAGCCAGACAAAUCUAUGAUAGGCUUUGUUGUUUCAUCUCCUCUAGAUCGGCUGAACUCAAUGGAAGUAGGUCCGCCACUACAGAUUAGUUUCCACCAUUUUUUCCCAUCUGGUGAAUCAAAAUUUUGUAGCUUCUAACGCUAGGGUCUGUAGCUGUUUUUACGGGGUCCAACCUGCGAAACUAAGAUGGUGUGCAUUACAGAGCUACGAGCACCAUAUUACAGAGCUACGUCAAGAAUAGGUUGUUUCAGUGAAUAAUCAGAAUCUCAAGCUUAUGUGGAAGGUUGAUAGUAAGCAUUUGAUUGUUUAAUUAGAAAUAGGGAAGUGAUUAUAGUUACUCUGUUUGUGCUAGUCAUUUAUAAUCUGUUGUGGCCAUGAAUGUUAUGGGCACUGGGCCCCCCUUGUUUAUGAAAUGAAAAGAACAUCAGUAUUUUAUUUUC